GAUUUUGAGUAUGCCAUUAUAUUUAUGUGUGUAUGUAUAUUAGAAAAUAAACUGAUUUAUAUCUCUCACAAUUUCCGUUUGUGAAAAUAAUUGACUACGGUAUUAUCCUUUAGUUAGUAUUAACAAAAUGUCUGCGCCCAUGAAACAACUUGUGUUUGGCUGAUACAAGCACUUUUUCCCUGAGGACAAUAGGGAAGAACAGCAGAUGUCACAGUGACAUUUCAUGCCAUACUAGGCACUCAUUAUCGGGUUGACGAGUAACUUCUGCAAAGUUGAUAGAUAAAGUUCGGUUAAAUUGAAAAAUGAAAAAAAAUCUACAAUCUGCGUCCCAGUAACAGACAACCACGAAAUUCAGCUGACAUGUCAUCCUGGACUUCAACUGUCAGGCGUGGGAUAACACAAUAAUAUAUUUGGUGGGGGCAUUGGGUUCAACAAUAAAUCCCUAAAAUGGCCCUGUUGGAAUAUGAAAACCAAAUGUUUCUGGAUUCAUUCCAUGAAGAUGGACUGACACUUUUGGCAAAGGGCCUUGGUAUUGACAGAAUCUUUGUUAACUUCUUGAAAGUGUAUUCUGACCCAGGCAGUUUAGUUUUGGUGUUGAACACAUCCACUACUGAAGAGGAAUACUUCAUUGAACAGUUGGAAUCCCAAGGAGUGAAACCACUUCCAAAAGCUAUUACGAAUGAAUUCAGCGCCAAUGAUAGGUUAAACACGUAUGUUGAGGGUGGAGUGUUGUUUAUUACGUCUCGGAUCCUGGUGGUUGACCUGCUGACCGACAGAGUGCCCAUUGAUCAUGUCACAGGCAUCCUUGUCUACAAGGCUCACAAAAUUAUUGAGUCAUGUCAAGAGGCCUUCAUUUUGCGCCUUUACAGGUCAAAGAACAAAACAGGAUUUAUCAAGGCUUUCUCUGCCAGCCCAGAGUCAUUCACCUCAGGCUUCUGCCAGGUAGAGAGGGUUAUGAAGAACUUGUUUGUCAAGAAGCUGUUCUUAUGGCCCCGCUUCCACGCCAGUGUCGUGUCGUGCAUGGAAAAACACAAGGUGGAUGUGAUUGAGCUGCAGGUGCAGAUGACGUCCACCAUGACGGCGUGUCAGACAGCACUGCUGGACCUCAUCAAUGCCUGCGUCAAUGAGCUGAAGAGAUGUACACCCAGUAUUGAUACAGAUGAAAUCACAGUGGAGAAUGCUUUAGCCAAAUCUUUUGACCGAGCUAUUCGACAACAGCUGGACCCAAUAUGGCACCAGUUAGGUGCUAAAGCAAGACAGCUUGUCUCCGAUCUUAAAACUCUCCGACUCAUCCUCAAACACCUUACCCAGUAUGACUGUGUGACCUUCUAUAGCCUGGUGCAUUCAGUGAGGACAAAUGAAAAGACGUUUGGUCAGAACACUGGUUGGCUGUUUCUAGAUGCUGCUGACAGUCUGUUUGUGCAUGCUAAAGACCGAGUCUGGAAGUCCGCACCCAAGAAGAAGAAAACCGGAACUGAAGAUGAUGACAAGGUGAAGGAGGAACCAAUCCCAGUGCUGGAGGAGUGCCCCAAGUGGAAGGUGUUGAAGGAGGUGCUGCAAGAAAUUGAAGAGGAAAACAAAAAGAGUGACCCUGACCUUGGCCCUGGUCGAGUCCUUGUCUGUGCCGAGGAUGACCGCACAUGCAGCCAGUUGAAGGAGUUCCUGUGUGAUGGCGGCAAGUCUAUGUUAGCCCGACUCUACAACAAGUUCCUAGCUGUGAAAGGCGGCCAUGUUGAAGGGGAGAAAGAUAGAAAGCAGUUUUCAAGGAAAAGGAAAGGUCACGGCAAGGGUCAAAAGUCAGCUCCUGAAGUGUUGACCUUGACCCAGAUGAUUGAUGCAAACAAAGAGUUAGCUGAAGGAGACCAGCACUCUGAUACCUCAGAUGACACCCCCCUGUCAUCCCAAGACGCCUACUACGGGGUUCUGCCAGAGCCGUUGACCAUCCUGCACCCCCUCCACGGCUGCACUGAUCCCCAUGGACUGACCCGCACCCUCCGGGAGGUGGAACCCAGAUAUGUUGUGUUGUACGAUGCCGACAUGCAGUUUGUACGACAGAUAGAGGUGUAUCGUGCCACACGACCAGAGGUCCCGCUGAGAGUGUACUUCCUGCUGUAUGGCAGCUCGGUAGAUGAGCAGAAAUAUCUCACCACUCUCAGACGGGAGAAGGAUGCCUUUGAACAUCUCAUCAAACAAAAAGCUACAAUGGUGAUCCCAGAGGAGAGGGAUGGUAAACUGGAUGACGACCCGACCAACCAGCAGAGAGUAGCACGGAGAUUCGGAACUACUCCAGCAAAUGAAACUGUCAGCUCUCGGAAAGGGGGCGCAGUCAAAGAAGUCCAGCAGAGAGUGAUCGUAGACAUGAGGGAGUUCCGCAGUGAAUUACCGUCUCUUAUUCAUCGGAAAGGAAUCGACAUUGAACCAGUUACAAUAGAGGUAGGGGAUUACAUCUUGACCCCUGACAUUUGUGUUGAGAGGAAGAGUGUGAGUGAUCUGAUUGGAUCUCUCAACAAUGGCCGACUCUACAACCAGUGCGUCUCCAUGUGUAGAUUUUACAAGAGGCCCGUUCUGCUGAUUGAGUUUGAUGCCAACAAGUCCUUUGCUCUCCAGGGCAAGUAUCCAAUGUCCAAUGAUAUUUCCAUCCAAGAUGUAUCGUCCAGGCUGUCCAUCUUGACCCUGCACUUCCCCAAGCUGAGAAUCUUGUGGUGCCAGAGUCCCUAUGCCACUGCAGAAUUGUUUGAAGAACUGAAGAAAGGUCGUCCUCAGCCUGAUGCAGCGACUGCGAUGACUGUGACGACUGGGGAGGGAACAGUGGAGUGGACAGACAAGUACAACCAUAGUCCUCAGGACUUCCUGCUAAGAAUGCCAGGAGUGAACUCCAAGAACUACCGCUAUAUCAUGAAUAAAGUACAGGACUUGUCCGAGCUAAGCACGUUGUCGGAGGAGGAACUGUCAAGCAUUAUGGGUAAUGCCCAACAAGCCAAUCAGCUCUAUACCUUCCUUCACACAGAACAGAAACAGAUGGAGGUUGUAGCCACCUCAAGCAAAUCACGAUUUGAAAAUAAGAAAGCUUUUAAACGAAAGAGGUGAUAUCCCUUUCAAAUUAAUUGUGGAAAAUUCUGAAAAAAUGUUCUGGUAUGAUGUUCAGUGAUGAUAUCAGGUAUGAUGUUCACUAAUGAUAUUCAGGUAUGAUGUUCAGUGAUGAUAUCAGGUAUGAUGUUCACUAAUGAUAUUCAGGUAUGAUGUUCAGUGAUGAUAUUCAGGUAUGAUGUUCACUGAUGAUAUCAGGUAUGAUGUUCACUAAUGAUAUUCAGGUAUGAUGUUCAGUGAUGAUAUCAGGUAUGAUGUUCCUCUUCACCUGUAAGAAGUAAUGCUAAAAUGAUGAUACAAGCUCUUGGCAUGUCACUGACUGAUAUCAAAAGCAGUAACUCUUGGAAACUUGACAAAUGGAGCAAGCACAACACAUGGUGCAUAUUGAACAGGCUGUUUACGGACUCGCUGUGAACAAGGUUGAGUGUUGAACAGAUGUGUUGAGGGUAACACAGUGGGCACACUUUGUAACCAAAAUGUAAUUGUUGCACUGAAAUGGUUGCAGCGUCUCAAGAACUACUUGAAGAAGAAUUAAAUGGAAAGGAUGAAUUUAUUGUGAGGGAUACUGGAACCUAUUGAAACACUGACCCAGAAGUCUGUUAUCAAGAGACUUGAAAGUUCUAGAACUGACCAAAUGAGAUGCCAUUUCAAAAUUGACAUGGCACACAAAAUAUUGUAUUUAAACUUUUGUUUAAAAAAUGAAAUUUUGAAAUGAUGCA